UAAACUAUUGAAUAUGGACCCAACUUUGUGUGGAAAUGAAAGGAAGUUGCAAGUGUUGGAACUUGAGGAGUGGCGUGUUCAUGCCUAUGAGAACACCAAGCUUUACAAGGAAAAAACGAAGCGCCUUCAUGAUGCUCAACUGAAAGGAGACAAGAUUUCCAACCGGGGGAACAGGUGCUCCCGUACAACUCUAGGCUCCGUUUGUUCCAUGGAAAGCUGAGAUCGAAAUGGUCGGGGCCGUACCUAGUAAACUGAGUGUUUCCAUAUGGGGUGGUGUAGAUUUCCCACUCGGAGCAAGGGACAUUUAAAGUGAAUGAACACCGCCUCAAACGUUACCUCGAAGGCGAGGUAAUGGCACAAAAGGAGGUGGUCCUCUUGCAAGAGUUAUAUUACGAAGGCUCCGUCUAGCUUAAGACGUUAAAGUAGCGCUUUUGGGGAGGUAACCUGAUAGACCAUUGAUUGCACAUGUUUUUACCCCUAUUCUUGAGCCUUUUGAGAUGUUGAUUCUCGUGUUUUAAGUCGAUUUUACGCAAGGUUGUGUGUUUAUGUCAUAUUUCAGGGCUUAGCGUUGGCAUCGAGGCGAAGAAAUGAGUUUCGGUUCGAAAGGAGAACGUUUGGGGUUGAAGUGUGUUGGAGGAGCAAAAUACCCGACCAUGGGCAGAAAUACCCGGUCGGGUAUUAAUCGGAGCAGACCGGGGAAAACCUGUUUUGGGCGUUUGAGAAGCAGAAGUGGGCCCGGGAAGUAAUCAUAAAUCCCCGGUCGGGUAUUCUUGACCCUGACAGGGGAUUAACCACCUGUCCCCGACGGUGCGUUCAGGUCUCCACCUAAAAUACCCGACCAGGUAUUCUGACCGGGGAUCGCGAACGCAGGCUGUUAAAAGCCUAUUUUGUUCGUUUUUGUGAGGGAGAGCUGGGUUUUGGAUCCCAAGCACUCAAGGGACGAACCAAAGAGAGAGAGGGCGAUUUGAGGGCAUUCUUGGAGUGGAAUUGGAUGAUUUUUUCGCCUUGGAAGCUCGAGGAACAAGCCCGGACUUGAAGACUGAUCAUCUGAAGAUUCUAACUGCAGUCUCUCUCUUCACUAUGGAGUAACUUCCCUUCACUUAGGUUUCGAGGAACCCUAGCUAUGUUUGUUUGAUUGGAUGAUUGUAUGAGUACUCUUACUUGAUAAUCUUGAGUUCAUAUUCAAUCUAUGCAUGUUUUCAUGAUUCAAUUCUGCUUUAGUUGAGAUUAUUGAUUUUGCUUUGAUCCUAUGAGAGCGAAUACCUGAUUAGGUCAAUAGAGCACCAUAGAUUGAUAGUAUUGGAUCGAUCGCUUUAGUCGAGGGUCGAUUCACUGCUUUGUAUUGACUGAGAACCUCUUUCGAUAGAGGGAGUCUAGUUUAGAAGGCCUUGAUUGGUUGUUUUAGAGAAGGAUACGUCCCUAUAGGCAAUUGACUCAAGAGGGCCUUGUUCCUUUAGUCGAGACUCAAGGUCUAGUCAAGGAUUCUCCACAUUGCGAAUGAAAGUGAAACAGGUUAGAGAUCAUCAAUCAUUAAUCUGGCUAGUGGCUGGGGGGAAUCAUACCUAAGUGAGUUCCCAACCUGUAAUUAGAUUAACUUUAACUAUAGUUUGUUAGAGUAGUUUUAGUUCUUCCAUCUUAAUAUGGUUUGCUAGAUAAUGAACUGAAGCCGAGUAAUAGUAACUCUAGAGACCCGUGGAUUCGAUAUUUAUUACUUAAGCCACUAUAUUGCAGUUCCUUUCAUUGGUUACACUUGGCCAUUGUUAGAAGUUGUGCCAUAGCGAGUCAAGUUUUUGGCGCCGUUGCCGGGGACUUUCUAGAUUAUUAGGAAAAGCAGAAGUUUGUUACUUUAGCGUUUUCUUUUCUUUUCCACCCUUGCUUUUCACUUGGGUGUUUUUGUUUUUGUUGGUGCAGAUCUGAAUCAUGGAUCCUCAUGGCUUCUCCAACCAUUGGGAGUAUCCACCACCGUCCGCGUGGUAGUACCCCGAGACUCCCUGGAGCAAUCAAGGAGGAGAAGACUAUGGAUUCGGGUUCCAGUACCAACCCCCUUACUACGGAGAACAAUCAGACCCCUGGGCAUAUGAAGAACAAUCCCUUUAUCAAGUAGAAUUUCUCUCACAACCCGAAGGGCCAUCGGAGCUGGAGUUACCCAUGGCAGCCUUCACGGGCCAUUCUGCAGAGCCAUGCCACACUCCACAACCAGAUCCAAACUAUGAAUUGAGGCUUCUCAUGGAGCAGUUUGCUCGAGAUAGUGAGAGAUCAUGGUCUAGGAUGGAUCUUUGUACCCAGGCCUUUCAUGAAACAGAGGAGAUCCUCCUGAGCAUUAAGAAGAGCGUCGAUGAUCUUGAGCGAUCUUAUGCACAACCUGCUCCAGAUCACCCUUCUGCUACCAUACUAGAAGAGGAGGAGGAAGAAGAAGGCUACGAGGACAUUGUGGAGCACACUAGAGUUGUCACGUAGAGCUCCCGUGAUAAUCAUGAUCAGGAAUGUCCUGUCAUAGCCGACCACACCUUCCCACAUCCCAAAAUGAGCUUUGAAGAGGCGGGCAUGAGUGAGGAGAUGCAAGAAGAUCUCAUGAAAAAAAUUUCUUGGAAACUUGCUCUCCAAUCCGUGCUAGAAGAAGAAGAGCGAGAAAGGGUGCAGAAAGAAGUUGUGGAGGAUGACGAAAGUGAAGCAGAAGGAUUUCUUGAUCAUUUCCUAGGGGUGAUACCACAUGAAGAAGGAAGGGAGGUUGCAUAAGCAAUUGGCGUCCAGAUUGAGGACGGAGUUGUGGUGGAAGAGGCUUGCACCGACCAUGAGUUACACGUGAUAUCUCCACCAAACUUCGAGGAAUUGUUUAGCAAGGACCCAUUUGCAAUGCCUCUUUGCUAGACCAAGGCCACGUCGACAUCGGUCCCUCUUGGUGAACGCGAUGGUGGUCAAUCGAUGCUGUCAUAUCUAGUUUGGGGCAAUGAGAUGAAAGAAGAGAAGAAGAGGUCUCGAGGGUGGAGACUUCAUCCGCAUCAAGUGCAUGAGCUUCCAUCACCUGUCAUACCACAUGCUCGUGACUUGAGACACCACCUCAUUGAUGAGAACCUCAACUUCAAGGAGGUUUUUCGGUGGACCGUAACUUAGGAGCCAUCGUCCGGCUCACGACGGGAAAGAAGCGCUUGUUGAGAGGCAACCCAACCAGUCGGUUUGCAGUUCUUUCUCUUUUUCUCAUCGCUUGAGUCAGUUUUGUUAUUUGAUUUUAGAGUCAAUAACUCAACCUUUGUGAGAUUUUUUGUGUGGUGUUUGUGUUCCGACUACUCUCUCCUCCUGGAAUACACCGCCUACCCCGUCCACCAUCAUUCACCCUUGAUCAAGUAACUUCGUUCUACCCUCCUUAUCUUUCCUCCAUUGAGGACAAUGUCGUGCUUAAGUGUGGGGGGAUGUUCAAUUAUGCAUGCGGGUGAAUGUUUGGCUGUUUGUGUGCUUGGAGCCUAGUCCACUGUCCAAAUUUUUAAAUUUGAGGGCUCCAAAUACGUAUCUCCAUGCAAAUUGCCUGCUCAGUAUGCUUUGAAUUGACAGUCUCUAUAGUAAUGUGCAACCUAGGGAGGUAGUGUAGCACUAUGGAGGAUGUUGAAGUAUAAGAUUUUUCCUAUCUAGCUCUCUGCUGUGCUAGUUGAUUUUGUGAAUUAGUGGAGCUAAGACUGUUGAAUUCAUGUGGUAAUGGUGACUCUAUUUGGAUUGUGUUAUGGACUCGUGUAUCGAACAAGGUGCUCAUGUGGAAAAUGAAAAGCAGUUGGUCCUCCAUAUCGAAAUCAUUGAAAUCUUAAACAUGGGGUAAGCCCAACGUGUGUGGCACCGUUCAUUGCACAAAAUCGGGUUUUGGAAUAGAUUUUAGUGAUCCUUAGUGGGGUACUCCUACAAGGUGAAGCUAAGCUAUCUCUAGUACAAGUAAAACUUCCACUCGUUGAACGUUUGCCUAGUCGAGGAUGUGUUUUUAAGGGUACGGAUAGAGCUUCCGACCCCCCUUAAUUUCAUUGACCCUCCACACGAGUUGAGGAAAAGGAGUUAAAAGAAGUACUCUAGCGAGCGCCAGAUGUACAUAAAUUACUCUUGCUCGACCAAUAAUGGUCGACCAUGCAAAAGACUGCAGUUGGAACCCCCACCAAGUGAAUGAAAAGAAAAAAAAGUAAAAUGAAAGUGAAAAAGGGGUUCCAACGGUGAAGUGAAGUGAAAGAGCACCCUGGUACAACGAGUCCUUGGUUGUAAAUGGUGUGAGUCCCUUUAUCCAUGAACUGACUGUCUUACUUCUACUUCUUCUCAUGAUCCUAGCUUGAGUCUAGUACUCGCAUUGAGAGAGAUAGGAAACGUCUUAGAAGACCAGUUGACUUCGUAAGCUGCUAUAUGAUCUAGGAAAUCCUCUACUGACGAUCAGGCUUGUUUGUCGCUAUAGAGGUCUGGAGAGUUGCAUUGGUUUGAGUUAAGGUUGCUUGGGGACAAGCAAACGGUUAAGUGUGGGGGAGUUUAAUAGACCAUUGAUUGCACAUGUUUUUACCCCUAUUCUUGAGCCGUUUGAGAUGUUGAUUCUCGUGUUUUAAGCCGAUUUCACGCUAGGUUGUGCGUUUAUGUCAUAUUUCAGGACUUAGCGUUGGCAUCGAGGCGAGGAAACGAGUUUCGGGUCGAAAGGAUCACGUUGGGGGGUUGAAGUGUGUUGGAGGAGCAAAAUACCCAGCCGUGGGCAGAAAUACCCGGCCGGGUAUUAAUCGGAGCAGACCGGGGAAAACCUGUUUUGGGCGUUUGAGAAGCAGAAGGGGGCACGGGCAUUAAUCAUAAAUCCCCGGUCGAGUAUUCUUGACCCUGACGGGGGAUUAACCACCUGUCCCCGACGGUGCGUUUUGAGAAUACCCGGUCUCCACCUAAAAUACCCGACCGGGUAUUCUGACCGGGGAUCGCGAACGUAGGCUGUUAAAAGCCUGUUAUGUGCGUUUUUUAGAGGGAGAGCUGGGUUUUGGAUCCCAAACACUCAAGGGACGAACCAAAGGGAGAGAUGGCAAUUUGAGGGCAUUCUUGGAGUGGAAUUGGAGGAUUACUUCGCCUUGGAAGUUCGAGGAACAAGCCCGGACUUGAAGACUGAUCAUCUGAAGAUUCUUACUGCAGUUUCUCUCUUCUCUAUGGAGUAACUUCCCUUCACUUAGGUUUUGAGGAACCCUAGCUAUGUUUGUUUGAUUGGAUGAUUGUAUGAGUACUCUUACUUGAUAAUCUUGAGUUCAUAUUCAAUAUAUGCAUGUUUUUAUGAUUCAAUUAUGCUUUAGUCGAGAUUUUUGAUUUUGCUUUGAUCCUAUGAGAGCGAAUACCUGAUUAGGUCAAUAGAGCACCAUAGAUUGAUAGUAUUGGAUCGAUUGCUUUAGUCGAGGGUUGAUUCACUGCUUUGUAUCGAUUGAGAACCUCUUUUGAUAGAGGGAGUAUAGUUUAGAACGCCUUGAUCGGUUGUUCUAGAGAAGGAUAUGUCCCUCUAGGCAACUGACUCAAGAGGGACUUGUUCCUAUGGUCGAGACUCAAGGUCUAGUCAAGGAUUCUCCGCAUUGUGAAUAAAAGCGAAACAGGUUA